GCCUCAACUGUCAAUUGCAGAUAUGGGAAUCAAUAAAAUCUGGAGCUGCACUUGAAAACCCUAUGCUCUUGAACAGGUUCCUGCUGUUGACAUUCGCAGAUUUGAAAAAAUAUCAUUUCUAUUACUGGUUUUGCUACCCUGCUCUCUGCUUCCCUGAUGGGAUACAUAUAGUUCAGAAACCGGUGUGUCUUGGUGACAAGUUCUCUUUAAAUCAGAUUCAAGCACUUCAGAAAGCGUAUGAUGAACUUUGCCAGUCAGAAGGGGUUACAGCCUUACCUUAUUUUUUAAUCAAGUAUCAUGACAAUUCUGUGGUUGUAUCUCCACUCAAAAAAUGGGAUGGUUUCUUUCAAGACCAAGGGGGAAAGGUGACAGUUGGAGUUUAUGAUCCGUGUAAUUUAUCUCACUAUCCAGGAUGGCCACUGCGAAAUUUCCUGAUCUUGGCAUCACAUAAAUGGGGCGAUAUUCUCCAGUCAAUUGAAGUGCUCUGCUUCAGAGACAGGACCAUGCAAGGGGUGAGAGACAUAACGCACAGCAUUAUCUUUGAAAUAAAACUUCCACAAGGAGCAUUUGGUCCAGAUUGUCCAAAAGCUGUUGGAUGGGAGAAAAACCAGAAGGGAGGCAUGGGUCCAAGAGUGGUCAAUCUCAGUGAGUGUAUGGAUCCCAAAAGGUUAGCAGAAUCAUCAGUGGAUCUUAAUUUGAAGUUGAUGUGCUGGCGGUUGGUUCCUACUCUUGAUUUGGAAAAAAUUGUGUCUGCCAAGUGUCUGCUGCUAGGAGCUGGUACUCUGGGUUGUAGUGUGGCAAGGACUUUGAUGGGCUGGGGAGUCAGGAAGAUUACAUUUGUUGACAACGCGAGGAUUUCAUACUCCAACCCAGUGCGACAGCCACUGUAUGAAUUUGAAGACUGUCUCAGUGGUGGGAAGCCUAAGGCACUUGCAGCAGCAGAAAGACUUCAGAAAAUCUUUCCAGGAGUGAAUUCAGAAGGCUAUAACAUGAGCAUCCCUAUGCCAGGCCAUCCAGUGAAUUUUUCAGAAGUUACAAUGGCACAGGCUCGGAAGGAUGUGGCUACACUUGAAGAGCUUAUUGAUGCUCAUGAUGUUGUUUUCCUACUAAUGGACACUAGAGAGAGUCGAUGGCUUCCUGCUGUUAUUGCAGCCAGCAAGAGGAAGCUGGUCAUCAAUGCUGCCCUGGGAUUUGACACGUUUGUUGUUAUGAGACAUGGACUGAAGAAACCCAAACAGCAAGAAACUGGCAAUGCGUGUUUCAGCACUGCCCCUGGUCCUUCUGACCUUUUGGGUUCAUCACUCUUCUCAAAUAUCCCUGGCUAUAAACUGGGCUGCUAUUUCUGUAAUGAUGUUGUGGCACCAGGGGAUUCUACCAGGGAUCGAACGUUGGAUCAGCAGUGUACAGUCAGUCGACCUGGAUUAGCCAUGAUAGCCGGAGCUCUUGCAGUGGAAUUAAUGGUUUCUGUUUUACAGCAUCCAGAAGGUGGCUAUGCUGUGGCCAGUAGUAGUGAUGAUAGAAUGAAUGAGCCGCCUACUUCUCUUGGACUUGUUCCUCAUCAGAUCCGUGGUUUUUUAUCAAGAUUUGAUAAUGUUCUUCCAGUCAGUUUGGCAUUUGAUAAGUGCACAGCCUGUUCCCCCAAAGUCCUCGACCAAUAUGAACGUGAAGGAUUUAAUUUCCUAGCUAAAGUUUUUAAUUCCUCGCAUUCCUUCUUAGAAGACUUGACAGGUCUAACUUUAUUACAUCAAGAGACACAGGCUGCUGAGAUCUGGGACAUGAGUGAUGAUGAAACAGUCUGAAAAUCAGCUGAAUAAGGUGGAAGAUGACCUACUUUGAACUGCGUUGCUGCCUUUUAUCUGUUAUUCAACAAGUUAAUGAUUGCUUACCCAUUCUGACUGCAGUGAAUAUGAACAAUUGUAAACCACAUACUGGCAUGAGUAUCUUCACUGUGAAAGAAGUCUUUUCUGGAUAUAACUCCAUGUAUUCAUUUUUAUUAUGUAAAUAACCGAAAUAACGUGGUUAUGUUUAAAUCUUAUUCCUUUUUUUCCCCCCAUUUUCUUAAUAAGACAUAUAUAAAAUUUGCUGCUUAAGUAAACUUUGGUAUUUCA